UUUAUCCAACACUGUUAAAGCAUAUUUACAAUUAGAUGUGCCGAUUCCAAUAGCUCAUAAUUGUUUGUUUUGCUGCAGCUUGACUGAUUGAAUUUAUUUGAAUCGCCAUAAGACUUGAAGGUCAUGCAGGAGAAUGAAAAUGAUGUGGAAUAUAAACGCAGCGAAUUAACUCGCAGGCUAAACGCUGGCGAAAAUGUGAUAAUUCAGAGUGAUCGGGCAGCGGUGCUGCAGAACGUGGCUAAUCCCAAGGCGCAAUAUCAUUUUGUCGUCUUGCCCAAAGAGGAUAUUGAAAAUGUUAUUGCGCUGAAACGCGAGCAUCUUCCUCUUUUAGAGCACAUGAUGGAUCUUGCGAAUGAAGCUAUCGACAAGCAGCAAUUGCCGGCAAGUGAUUUUCGGAUUGGUUUCAAAAUGAAUGCGUUUAUGAAUCGGCUCAACAUGCAUGUCAUCUCUAAUGACUUCUAUUCAGGUUUCAUGCGUCGCAUUCAGCACUGGAACACGUUCAACACCGAUUUGUUUAUAACAUUUCAAGCUAUAUACGCUCUGCUUCAUGUGACGGGAUCUGUUGAGCCGAUGCCCGCUGAUAAGGUGGAACAGCUACUUCUAGCCACGCCCGUACAUUGCAAUCAGUGUCGUUUUUGUACUGACAACUUUGGCAAAUUCAGGCAUCAUUUGGCUUUGCAUUGGAUGGAUUGCGAAAAAGAACGUCUUUGGAAAAUGGGCGUGGGAAACAUAUCGCAGUGGAUGGGGCAAAUGCAGUUGAAUGGCAAUGAUCGAAUACCGUGCCAGCCGCCACUUAAUCCAUUUCAUCGUCAAAUGAUUCCCAUGCAGAAUAAUCCGUUCGUACAUCGCUUUCAAAGACCAUUUGGACCACAACUGCGUCCGCCAUUGCAGAAUCGUAACUCUAACAACAAUUGGCCUAGCUACAGGCAUCCAGCUCCGACUAAGCCCCCUACAAAUAGCUUGCAAAAACCGAAGGCUCAGUCAGCAUCCAAUGCAGAUCCUGACAAAAGCCCCGACCAUCAGCAAAACGAUACAAAGCCGUGUGCUAAAAAAAAAUGGUAUACGAAGCGCAAAAAUAAGUCAAAUCUGCAGACAAAGCCGGAAACUUCCAGUAGCAAAGCCAACGCCAAACUCACUUGAGAUGAGUCUUCAAGAAACCCAUUCGAUGUUAUCUAACGUUUUAUAUGUCUAUUAAUUUAACAGUUAUAUUGUUUAAGAUAACUUGUUAUGAGCCUGGAAAUAUUUUAAUGUUUAUUCCAAAUAUAUUCAGAGCCAGGCAAACUUUUAUUGACAAAAAUAAAAAAAAAAACUUA